AUGGAAGACAUUUUAAGAGAGCUGUCUGUAUGGACGAAGGUUGCCGCAGAUCUGAAGGCUACCUUCGCUGGGUGCUCACCCGAGGCCAGACAAGCUAUCAGAGCUUCGUUCCACGACUGCUUCCCAGGCGCAUGUGAUGGCUCACUGAUUCUGGCCAACGAGUACUUGGACAGGGAGGAGAACAUCCAGUUCCAGCCAAUCUGUGACACCCUUGGCCAGAAGGCAGUCGAGUACAGCGUUGGCACCGCUGACAUGAUUCAAGCGGCAGCAUCACUUGCCGUUGCAGCCUGCGGUGGCCCCAAGACAUACCUCUGGGUGGGUCGCAAAGAUUCCAGCGUACCCAACCCUGAGGGCGUCCUACCCACACAGGACUCCGAUGCCGCCACUCAGAUCAAGGCCUUCAAGAAGAAGGGCUUUACGGCAACCGAUCUGGUGGCUCUCCUUGGCGCGCACAGCGCAGGAACUAGCCUUCAGGAGCUGGCGUUCGACUCGACCCCCGACAAGCUGGACAGCACGACCUUCUAUCCGGAGACUGUUAAAGAAACAUCGCCCACCUCCCUCGGUAGUGAUGUUGCCGUCAGCAACGCCACCGAGACGAAGAACAUCUGGAAAGGCUUCGGCACGAGCCAGGCGCGUUGGAACACCGCUUUCAAGCUUGCGUGA